UGUGCUGUGGCCCCAAGGUCUUCAACAUCUGAUAUUUUGAAGGAAGAUAACGUUCCAAAAUUUAAAAAUUACUGGUUUUGUCAUGAUAACAUAGUCACCUGUUCUCGUGAUGGUAGUGCAAUUAUAUGGAUUCCACGUUCCCGUAGAUCUCAUGGAAAAUUUGGACGCUGGACGCGGGCAUAUCAUCUAAAGGUUCCACCUCCCCCACUGCCUCCUCAACCACCUCGAGGAGGCCCGCGCCAAAGAUUGCUUCCAACUCCUCGUGGUGUCAAUAUGAUUGUGUGGAGCCUGGAUAAUCGCUUUGUGCUUGCAGCUAUCAUGGAUUGCAGGAUAUGUGUAUGGAAUGCUGUUGACGGUAGCUUAGUGCAUUCUUUGACUGGUCACACUGCAUCAUCAUAUGUCCUGGAUGUUCAUCCUUUCAAUCCCCGAAUAGCCAUGAGUGCCGGUUAUGAUGGAAAAACAAUAAUCUGGGAUAUCUGGGAGGGCACACCCAUUCGUAUAUAUGAAAUUGGACGCUUCAAGUUGAUUGAUGGGAAGUUUUCUCAAGAUGGGACAUCGAUUGUACUUUCAGAUGAAGUUGGGCAGAUAUAUCUGCUAAACACAGGCCAGGGUGAGUCUCAAGAGGAUGCCAAAUAUGAUCAGGUACUACAGUACUGAUUAUAUAUUUUUAUCUUGGCCUUUCUCUUUUUUU